AGAGAAGGGCAAGGACGCCAGUAAAUGUCUUUGUUUUCUUCCAGGACUGCAAAGAACAGAUCCCACCUCCAGCCGGAUGGAAUAGGGAUAGGGCAUUCUUCUGUUGGAGAGCCUUUGUGACUCAAGAGGAGCUACAGGUGCAUAUAGCAUGUGCCCACCGAGCCACAGAGUCUUGUGGAGUGUGGGGUUGUGAAGCCCGCUUCUGCCCAAAUGAGAUAGAGCAACUCCGCCUGCAUCGCUUAAGGCAGCAUGCGUUAUCCCCCAACAGAGAGGCAGAGCCACCAAGUAAAAGGCCUAAGAGGGUGCUGCGUGCCAUUACUAUCUCAACAACUGCAACUGGACCCUCAACCUCUACAACUGCAACUGGACCCUCAACCUCUACAACUGCUACUGGACCCUCAACCUCUUCAACUGCUACUGGACCCUCAACCUCUGCAACUACAUCAACUAGCCGGUCAGGGGACUCCAGUGAGAAGGAUCCCCUGUGGUCGGGGUUGGACUCCGACCUAUUGAAUUGGGUGCAGGAAUGUCUGGACAGCAAGGAAGCCGAUCAAGGGGAUGGAUCAGGUCAGGACAAGGCCUGGUCCAUCGGGUCUCCAGAGCCCCUAG